AUGCAACAUGACACGUGCCAGCUUUCAAAAUGCUGUUCCGCCAUUUUGAAACCUGUCAUGAGUAAAUACGUAAGAACCUUCUUACAUGGAUAUCAUAAACACAUAUAUUUCCAACUCACUAGAACUAUAAGAUGGCAGAUCAAAAUCAAAAACCACCACCAGAUUAUGGCCAACAUCCCAGUCAGCCUCAAUAUGGUGGGCCACCUCCUCAACAGCCACCCCCUCAACAGCCACCUUCUCAACAGCCACCCCCAGGAGGGUACCAACAACCCCCACCAGGAGGGUACCAACAACCUCCUCCAGGAGGGUACCAACAACCUCCCCCAGGGGGGUACCAACAACCUCCCCCGGGUGGAUACCAACAGCCACCCCCGCAAGGUCAACCAGUGUAUUAUCAACAGCAGCCAUUACCCCCACAACAACCUGCCCCUACUACAGUCGUGGUCCAGCAGCAGCCAGCAGAAGCUAAGCAAGUGACAGUGUACAAUGAGUUCAAGCAAACACCAGUUAAAACAAUAUGCCCUCACUGCAAAGAAGAGAUUUGGACGACUACAACUCUAGAGGCCGGAACCUAUGCUUUCUGUGUUUGUGCACUGCUUCUUAUAAUGAUAAUUGGCUUUUUCGGCCUUUUCCUCAUCCCAUUCAUUCUGCCCCAGUUCAAGGAUUGUAUACAUGACUGCCCUAACUGUGAAAACCAGAUUGCCCGCUACAGCAGGAUUGCGGGACCCCCACCUGCUUAUGGAGCACCCCCACCCCAAGCUAUGUAUGGACCCCCACCCCCAGCUGGACCCCAGACGGUUGUUGUCACCCAGCAGCCAGCCAUGCACACUACAAUAGUACAGUCAUUCAGAGAGAGCCCUGUACAGACAAAGUGUCCAUUCUGCCAGGCUGAUAUUGUGACUUCAGUUCGCCAUGAGACUGGAACAUUCACAUGGCUGCUCUGCGCUCUCCUAUGUAUAGUUGGAUGUGAUUUGGGAUGCUGUUUUAUUCCAUUCUGUAUUGAUGGAGCCAAAGAUUGCGUCCACACAUGUCCUAACUGCAGACAACAGGUGUCCAGAUACAGCCGCAUGUAA